UGCUGGCGUAGUUGUGGGGGUGGCGGGGAGCGCAGGCUCGCCCUCAUUUACAUUUUAGUUCUAUUAAUUUUAUAGCCAGGUCGAUUACUGUAAUUGUAUUAAUGCUCAGAGGGCAGGAGCUCCUCUGAGCCUGUGACAGAAGUGUUAGCGCCUCCUCUGCACACAGCAGGAGCUGGUGUUCAUUACUUAUGCCUCAAAGACUCUCAUAUCCCCUCGUUCGUGACAGCUGCGGCCAGUGGUUCCAGUGUUGCACCCAGUAGAAGGGGGAUAAUGGACAACUGUGUCAAGUUGCCCAUUGACACCAAUGGCUCACGCUGAGGCUGAAAGUGUCAUUAAGAACAUCAUCCGUGAAAUAGGACAAGAAUGUGCCAUCAAAGGACAAACUGUGCCUGAAACCUUGGUGGCUUUCAUGGUGAAAGCUGUUGUUUUGGAUCCAAAGAAUGACUUCAAUGUGGAUCGAACCCUCACAAAGAAUGAUGUGCAAAAAUUGAUUAAGCUCUGUAUCGAUAGACUGCUUGACACAACAAAUCCAUCCUUGGAUACCAUUAAGAUGCAAGUCUUCUUUGAUAUGAAUUAUAUAAACAGAGUUGAAUUACUUAAUGAACAGCAUCACAUUGUAGAGUCCAGACUGGCUUCUGUAACCCGAGAAAUCACAGACAGCCGUGCUCGUACACGAGAAGAACUGGAAAGUGUUUACCGAAAGAUUGUUAGCUAUGUGCUGCUGCGCUCAGGUCUUGGAUCUCCAACAGACAUCAAGGCUGUCAGGGAGGCAACAGCUGCCUUGCAGAGUGUGUUUCCUCAAACGGAGAUGGGAGUCUUUCUCUCUCUCAGUAAGAAGGACAAAGAGCGACAGCUGAAAGAACUAACAAUGACUGUUACAGGAAUUCGGUUAUUCAACAAAGACACUGGAAAAGGAGGAGAAAGCAUUGAUGAUGUGCCAGCUAUUCUGAAUGAAGCUAUCCCAGCAGCCACACAGUCUAUUGAUGCAGAGCUUCAUGCUUCCCAGCAGAUGGCUCACCGCUACACAGCUCUUCUGGAAUCAGUGCAUGAGAAUCUACAGGGAAAUAUACAACUAGGAUCAACUAUGUUGAAGGAAGCACUAUUCAACGUGAGACAACAUGAAGCCUUCCUAUGCAUCAUUCUGUCGGAUGUGAUCACAUGCGCUCAAGAAGUUGAAAUGAUGCAGAAGCAAUUUGCAGCACAAAUGGAGCACUUAAAAAGCAUUGUUCAAGCAAAGACAGCUGUACCUACAUCACAAGUUUUUCCUGUCUUUAUAGCACUUGCUAACCUAUGGACCAGUUUUCAGGAUGAAAUAAUACUACUCAGUUUCCUCACUAAUAUAGCUGUCAAUCUGCAUCAGUUUUUGGGAACUCACUUGCAGCUCUUUCCUGAUGAAAUGAUGGAGUCUCAUCUUGAAGGAGUGACUGUGAAAAGUGAUCAGCAAAGGAUAGAGGAAACAAUGGGAAUCAAAGUAGAUGUUUCAGAUUUCAAGGAACAAGAAUGGCUUUUUCCAGAAACCACCGCUAAUUUCGAUCAACUACAGAUCCAGUAUCAUGGGUUUUGUGCACACACAUUUGCUGUGAAAGAUGGCCUCCUCCUUCCAGGAAGUCCUACUAUUGGUAUUUUGAAACAUAAGGAGAAAUUUUAUGCCUUCAAUUCCAAGGAAUCUGCCUAUAUUUUUGCCCAAAAUCCAGAUAAGUUCAUUCAGCUGAUUAUAGAAAAAGCAAAAGAAAAUGCAGAAUUAAUUCAGUUGCUCGAGCUUCACCAUCAGUUUGAAUCCCUUGCCCCAUAUACACAGGUCAGAAGUGGAGACAAACAUUUGUUGAAGCCAAUAACGAAAUGUGACAGCAGUACUCAAACUGACACUCAUAUCUUGCCUCCAACUAUUGUGAAGUCCUAUGAAUGGAAUGAAUGGGAACUGAGGAGAAAAGUCAUAAAGCUGGCUAAUUUACGUCGGACAUUAACUCAUUCAGUGCAGACUAAUCUGAGUCACAUGAGAAGAGAGAAUUUCAGCCAGGUGUACCUUUUGAAGGAUUUUAGCACGCAGACUAAAUGUGACAGCUCUAGCAAUGUGCCCAAGCCACAGAUUUUCCUAGCAGGUCUCAGAGGUGGAUCAUCUCCAACUACUCAUAUGAUCAAAAUGGAUUUAACAAGAGCAGUUGAUGAAACCUAAACAUAGUUCACAAAGAAAAGCCUGAUGAAGUAUAGUAAAUGUUUGUUUAAAAAUUCAAAUAUAGUUCUGAAGUAAGUUCAAACAUGUCUGUUGGUUCCUAGAGCAGUUGUUACUCUGCUUUCCCUGUUUCCAUAUAGAAGUAUAUGUUAUGAAGUGAUAGAUAAUAAGAAGCCUGAAACAUCCAGUUCUAAAAACAUAAUAAAGAAUCUAGACAUA